AUGGCCAAGCCACACGCCGCCUCCCCUGCCCGGGAGGCCGCGCGGCCGUCGAGGUCGCUCGCCAAGGCCGUCAGCCGCCGCGCCGCUGCCGUGUCCCAGAAGCUCGCGGCGCGCGGCCUCGGCGCCUUCGUCUGGCACAAGAAGCUCGACCGCGAUCUCGGCCGCGGCCUCCUCCCGGACAUCGUCUCGCUCCGCUCCGAGCGCCGCCGCUGCCUCGCCCGCCGCAAGGAGGCCGCCGCCGUCAGUUCGUCCGCCGCGUCCCGGCGUGUCUCGCCGCCGCCUCCGAUCACCGCCGCGUCGUUCGCCAAGGCGGAGGAGGAGGCGAAGGAGGCCGCCUUUCUUCUCGACCAGAGCAGGAUCCGGGCCGAGACGCGGUUCGGCUACGGGCGGCCCAAGCCUAUCGACGUGCUCGUGAAAUCCCUCGACGGGACGCGGCCCCGCGCGGUGGCCGCGUUCCGCGGCGCGUCCUUGGAGGGCCUGAGGGAGCUCGGCAAGGAGAUCGCCGAGCACGCCGGUCUCGACAGGGCGAACGGGCCCUUCUGGGACGCCGCCAAGGUAUUGUGCGACGCCGAGGUCGCCAAGGCCGCCGGGACGGCCGGGGACGGCGAGAGGCUGGUGCACUCUGCGAUCUUUGAUGACGUGAAGGGCGUCGUUGAAGGCAAGAGCAUCGAAGAGCUCGACGCGAUGCAGGAGACCAUUACGGCGCGGAUGGCCGCCGGCGAGGCCAUGGUCGUGGAACACUGGCAGGGCGUGACAGAGCUCAUCCGGGUGGAGAAAGACAAGAAGUACCUGCAACAGAACUACUCGACAUGUGACGACGAGCCGGCCUCUUCUGACAACAAGGACGACGAGGAGGAACCCGAAAGCGCAGACGACGGUGGCGACAUGGCCGACACCGACGACGCAGAAGGGUCGGAUGCACUCUGCCAGGUCGCAUUGCCGCAGACGCCAUCGGCGCUGGAGCUGAGGAAGCCCAAGUACAUCACGCGUGUCCGGUCAGGGUUCGAGUGGAGCAAAUACAACCGCGUGCACUACGACCAUGACCAACCCCCGCCCAAGAUCGUCAAGGGCUACAAGUUCGUGGUGUACUACCCCGACCUCGCCGGCACGAAGCCCCCGGAGUACACCGUCCAUAAGGACGGGGAGAGCGACGAGACCUGCAUCAUCAGGUUCCACGCCGGGCCGCCGUACGAGGACGUCGCGUUCAGGAUCGUGAACAAGGAGUGGGAGUACUCUAGGAAGGGCGGAUUCAAGUGCACUUUCGAGAGGGGUAUCUUGCACCUGAAUUUUCACUUCAAGCGCUUCUUCUACAGGCGAUGA